UAUUAAUCGAUUCUGUGUAUCGAACGCUAGGGUUACAUUCAUAACAAUCGUCAUUAAAUGUGUGUACACGUCAUUAAUUGUAGGUGUUUAAGUUUGCGUGUGAAACAUGGUGACAUUAAGAGAAAAACAGAUAGGUGCUUUGAAACAGAUGUUGAAUCUGAAUCAACCACAAACUAAGACAUUAGCUGGAGAACCAGUAUGGAAAAUAUUAAUUUAUGAUCGCUGUGGUCAAGAUAUCAUAUCUCCAUUGAUUUCAAUCAAAGAACUACGAGAAAUGGGAGUAACAUUGCAUGUACAACUUCAUUCAGACCGUGACCCAAUCCCUGAUGUCCCUGCAGUUUAUUUCUGUCUUCCAACAGAAGAGAAUUUGGGUCGCAUCGGGCAGGACUUUCAAAGUAACCUGUAUGAUGCUUACUAUCUCAAUUUUAUCUCACCGAUAUCAAGACAGAGGCUUGAAGACUUGGCUGCUGCAGCACUGCAAGCAAACUGUGUAUCACAGAUACAGAAAGUUUUCGAUCAGUACUUGAAUUUCAUCUCUUUGGAGGAUAAUAUGUUUUUCCUGAAACAUCAGAAUAGCGAAGCCAUCUCAUAUUAUGCAAUAAAUAGAGGUGAGAUUAAAGACACAGAAAUGGAGAGCAUCAUGGAUACAAUAGUGGACAGCCUGUUCUCAGUUUUUGCUACAUUAGGUACUAUUCCUGUGAUCAGGUGCCCGCGUGGGAAUGCUGCUGAGAUGGUAGCAGAAAAGCUAGACAAAAAAUUACGUGAGAUUCUCAGGGACACUCGUAAUAAUCUGUUCCAAAUGGAUUCUGCAUCUCAUGGUGGGGUCCAUUUUAGUUUUCAGCGGCCGCUGCUUAUCAUCCUCGAUCGUAAUGUUGAUAUGGCAACUCCCCUUCAUCACACAUGGACGUACCAGGCAUUGGCACACGAUGUUUUGGAUUUAACUCUCAACCGAGUGGUAGUCGAAGAGAAUGUGGGCCGUUCUCCAGGAGGUGGGGCUAAAGUGAAGACCCGUGCCUGUGAUCUGGAUUCACGAGACAGGUUCUGGAUGGCACACAAAGGUAGUCCAUUUCCCACUGUGGCAGAAGCUAUUCAGGAGGAGCUGGAGCAAUACAGAUCGUCAGAAGAGGAGGUCAAGAAGCUUAAGGCCACGAUGGGGAUCGAUAAUGAGAGUGAAGCAGCAUUUUCGAUGGUAACAGACAACACAGCUCGUCUCACAUCAGCUGUCAAUUCUCUGCCUCAGCUUCUGGAUAAGAAAAAACUUAUUGACAUGCAUACGACGGUGGCCUCCGCAAUCCUGAAUUAUAUCAAAUCUCGUCGACUGGACACAUUGUUUGAGUUUGAGGAGAAAGUGAUGAGUAAACCUGCAACGCUGGAUCGCAACAUCAUGGAACUGCUCACAGACCCAGAUGCUGGUAACCCAGAAGACAAGAUGAGACUGUUUAUAAUCUUCUAUAUAUGCUCACAUUCCAUAUCAGAGGCUGAGUUCGACCGCUACGUGGCUGCUUUGCAGAGUGCUGGCUGUGACCUCCAUCCACUUUCAUAUAUCAAGAGGUGGAAAGCGUAUGCUAAGAUGGCUGCAACACCAAACCAGUAUGUUGGUGGUGGCACCAAGACGGUCGGAAUGUUCUCCAAGCUGGUUUCCCAGGGUUCUUCCUUUGUCAUGGAGGGGGUAAAGAACUUGGUCGUCAAGCGGCAUAAUUUACCAGUGACAAGAAUUGUUGAUGAACUGAUGGAAAUGAAUACUUCACAAGAAACAGAGGACUAUCGGUAUUUUGAUCCUAAACAGUUGCGAGUAACAGACAGUUCCCAGAGCCCUCGCAACCGAACUCCAUUCCAGGAAGCCAUUGUAUUUAUGGUUGGUGGUGGCAACUACAUUGAAUAUCAGAAUCUUCUUGACUUUACAAAGGGAAAAGCUGGUGGAUCUACCAGCAAGAGAGUUAUCUAUGGCGCAUCAACAUUGAAUAAUGCAAAACAGUUCCUUAAGCAGCUCUCUCUGUUGGGACAAGAACUGCACUGAUGUGGCCAUUAGUGCACUAUAAGGGAACUGUAUUGAAAGAAAUGUUUAUAGCCUGUGAAGAUUGGUAAUGUCCCAAAAUAAUACCACCUGAUGUGGUGGGGUGUUACUGUUUUGGGAUAUCUGUCGGUAAGGUUUGUUGAUUCGGCUGUGCAUAUGGACAUUGUACCUGUAACGUACUUCAUAUGAACACAGCUUAUUAUUCAUCAUUAUUUAAACGUAAGUCACAGCAAGCAACGGAAGUACAAAUCAGAUUCACAGUGAAAUUAAAAUAUCUUCUGGAAGUUCUUACUGAUAUAUCUUGUCUGAUAUCUAAAAUGAAAUGUGUGGAUCAGUUGUUUUGCUCUUAUAGUUUUGUAUAAUUGUGAAACAGUCUCUUAAUAUGGAGGAACUUAAACUGUAAGAAAUUGAACAUAAUUGUGAUUAAGUAAAUGAGAGGUGAGAGAAUCACAUUAUACAGAUUUAUCUUCUUGUGAUAUUGUUAGGUGACAAAAGGCUAUGUUAUUAGCUGCAGUUCUUGGCACUUUUGGUGGAACCAGGUAUUAAAAUAGAUCUUAUAAAUAAUUUUGGUAGUAUAGAAGGGCUGGUACUGCUUUGGUUUAGUGGUUAAUAUACCAGAAAAUUAUAUGAUGAAAACAUCUAGCAGCCUCAACUCUUUGUCCUAUACUUAUGGACGAUAAUCUCACUGUUGAAGAUAUAUACAGUGUGUCCGUAAAAUAAUGGUGGGGUAACAAACAGUCACCGGAGAAUUUAAUUCUCCAGUUAGAUUGAGCUCCUCCAAAUUUUUCCACAUUCGUGCAGGAUUACCUAAACCAAACAUUUCUUCAGCGAUGGGUCGGACGAGGAGGGUGGAUAGCCUGGCCUCCACGCUCUCCAGAUCGUAACCCUAUGGAUUUUUAUUUAUGGGGUUAUGUGAAGCAACAAGUGUUCUCUGUCCAAAUAACAAAUUUGGACUAUUUGAAAGAACGGCUCACUGAAGCUGUUUCAUCUAUCACACUGGAUGUUCUCGGUCGUGUAUGGCAAGAGCUUGAAUAUUGUCUUGAUGUCUGCAGGGCAAGUAAAGGAGCAUAUAUCAAAAUCUACUGAACAGGUAAGAUUCUUGGAGAGUUUGUCUUUAUUUUGAUGUUUAUUUCAUGUCUCUAUCGUGCUUUGUUCUAAAACUAUGAUUGUUUGUUACCCCACCAUUAUUUUACGGACACACAGUGACCCACUUUAUGCCAAAUCAGCAUUUUCUGACACCUUGUAAAGAUGUUGAUGAAGACAUUCAUGACAACAGGAAGAAACUGUAAUCUUUACUGAGUUGGUAGACCUUCUGUGCAGUACAGUAUGUCCGAGUGCAAAUAAUUAAAUUAAUUUAAUUUAAAAUAAAUGGAAAAUAAUGAAAGAAAAACAUAUGAAGUUGUAUAAAACCAUGACAUUGCCAGUGCUUGAAUCAUAACUUAACUAGAUGGCUUUGGGAACCUGAAGGUUCAUCAUUGAAUUAUACAAAGCCCUCCACUGGGCCAGCAAAAUCCAAUCGCCAUGGUGGUGAAUCAUGGACAAAAAAAAUUGCAAGUGUUUGGGUAUCGCAAAUUACCUUAUUGUGUAAGGUCAUUGGAUGUACAAUAACGGUUGUCAAUAAUAAAGAUACAUGAAUUGUAUAUAUUUUAAAUAAAAAAUACAAUAUCUGA